AAAAAAAAGAAAGAGAGGGAACAGGGAAAAAGGAAUUUGAGAAGGAGAAAAACUAAGAGUAAUGCACGCCUUUCGUACGUCCUUCCUCCUGACGACUAUACCUUCUUUCUUUAGUUGCCCUGGAUGUCUGUGGCGCAUACCCACAGCAAGGGGUUCCGCUAACGAAUCGGGUGGUUUACAGGAACGGACAAAGGAGACGGGAAAUAGCAAUUAGGCAGUUAUUGUAACACACAGAUUAUAUUUAAAUGGUACGGAAAGAAGAAAUAGUAGUGAUCGCUUCGUAUUCUUUUUUUCUUAUCUUUUUGAAAUCACGUUGUUGACAUUGUUGUCGAACUGUAGGACACGCUUGUCUUCACCCCCACACUCGCCACCUUUUUUUCUUUCUUUCUAAUGUUUUUUUUUUCUUUUUUGUUCUCUAAUACAUGGAACAUAUCUUCGUUUUGUGCCUUUGAAUAUUCCGUGUCCGAUAUUCAGCGACAGACUAAUCGAUGUCCCGUGGCGGCGCUCAGGUGCACGCCUUUCUUGUUCGGAGCGAGCGACGCGUCACCAUGGCAACGGCUCCCAUGGCCCCAUUCGCGAGCCUGGCGAUUCCAUCCGCGCUGCGCUGGCCUUGCCGGCCACGGACACCAGCAUGCAGCAGGGUCCGGAGCCGGCAUCCUCCGACGCUGGGGAGUCCGCGCAGCCGGUGGUGUCACUGCACGGCUUCCAGUUCCACAGCCGCUGCCAGAAGAUCGACUGGCGCAGGAUCGCGGCUGUGGACGUGGACCAGGUGGCUCGCGAGGUGGACGUGAACGCGCUGCAGAAGAAUGUCACCCACCUCACUUUCUGCGACAUCGACCACGAACUGGAAGGAACGUCAGUGGACACCAACUUCGUCAAGUUAUUCAAGCUGGCACAACUCUGCAUUGAAUAUCUCAUGUACUCGCAGGAUCUCCUGCUCCAGUCGUUGGCUGACACCGAAGAACAGCUGGCGGAGGCGACGCAGGCGCUGGAAGAGGAGCGCAAGUUCCGCAUCUGCGACCAGGAGGCCAUACGAGAGCUGCAGCGCGAGAACCGCAAGCGACGCCGCAUCAUUGAAAACCAGCAGCUGGAGAUGCUACGCUCCGACCGUUUGGCACUCACUGGAGCACCUUGUCCCUACUGCCGCAAGGUGUUCGUCAGCCUGGCGUACCUGCAAGCGCACGUGGUGCGGCGGCACCCGGACAAGCCGGCGCCCACCGAGGACGCCCUGCUGGCGCAGUGGCAGCGAGUGGCCACCGGCACGGCACUGCCGGCCGCCAGCGAGCUGCACCGGGGCCUCCAGGAACUCAGGGGUCUCCUGCUGCAGAAGGACGACGACCACGCCGAGGACAAACUGCUGUUGCGCGACGAGCUGCUGUGCCGGCUGGACGAGCUGCAGCGCAAGUGCGACAGUAUGGCGGUGGGCGGCCGCAAAGUCGGCGUGGCGGCUGCCGGCGAGGCCAGUUCCUGGGAGCUGUCGGCCGAGCCUCCCGGCUCGUUCUCCGAGGGCCAGACGGCGCUGGCCAGCCUGUCCCAGCAGCUGGUGCAGCAGAGGGAGGAAGUGAGCCGCCUGCUCGCGCAGCAGGAACGCCUCUUUCUGCAGCGCAUGGACGCGCUCUCCAGGGACGUCGUGGCGCUCACCAAGACGAGCACCACCCUGGAGCGGAAGCUGUCGCAAAUGGGGGAUCCCAUCCCAGCACGUGGCCACCCCCGUCACUCGCUGCUCUAUCGCGAGGGAGCGGCACCGCAGGCCGCGGGCAUCGGCGUGCGACCCGACGGAUCCAGCUCACCCCUGCGCCUGUCCAGGCCUUACUCCGAGGCGGUCAGGGCGUCGCCGCUGCGCUUUCCGCAGAGCACGCUGUCCGUGCCCGUGCCAGCUCCUCGGCAGCGAAUGUUCUUCAACGGAAAGGGCCUCAGGCAGCCACCGUCGCUGACUUUACCGCGAAAGGAUUCGAGGCUUCACGCAAAAGUUGCCCAGAGCGGCCCUAUAAAAGAGCGGCACGAGAGCAGCACAGAGAGUCUGCGCCCUUUUCCAAGUGGCUGGUCGUCUCCGUUGCAAGCCGUGCUUCGUGGCCGGCACCUGACGCGCCAGGCGGCCAAGGGUGAUUCGCGUUCGGAGCGUAUGAAGUCGGCCGUGCACAGCACGCCGAACCUGAUCGACGCGCUCAAGGAGGAGAUCAUGGACCUCACCCGGAACAAGCUGUCCGGCAUCGGAAUCAACGAGCUGGGCAAGGUCUCAGUUACGGACAGCAUAUUUCGUGACUGCAGCAGGAGACUCAACUCUGAGCGCCGGCUUCUUGCCAAGAAGAACAAGAAAUUCUUCGACGUCCGGCAUCGCAGCGGACCGCCCACGGAGGACCUGUCGACACCGAAAGCGACCCAAGGCUCGCCUGAUGGUAGUUGGCCUUUCGAAGUGAACAGCCUAAACAGCUCAAAGGUGGCCAUUCCACCAUCAAGCAUUCCUAACUCCGACACCCCGAAGGAGAGCUUCGCCUUCAAGUGCCAGACGCCGGCCAGCUCGGAGGCGUCGCCGAGCAGGGGCGAAGGCGUCGCGAGCAGCUGCCGCUUCAGCACCGCCACGCCGGCUCCGCUCAGCAGCAGCGGCAGCGGGGCGCAGAGGCCGCGCCGCUUCCUGGCGCGGUCGUGCCGCUCCCGGCAGCCUUCGUCGAUCGCCACCUCGCACGACCUCAUCAAGCCUCUCAUAUCCAGCAGCGACGAUGACGAAGGCGUGGUGGGCGUACGGCAGCGCAACUUAGCCGGCGCCACCAGCAGCAGGUAUCCGUCGGUGGCGUCCAAGACGCAUCCUCCCCCCGGCAGGCUGAGGUCGUCCCGGCCGCAGACGCGAAUCACCGACCUGGUGCAGUCGAUAGAGUCGCAGCUGUUGAAGCGAUCGGCAAGGCCUCCGAUGGGUGCCGUGAACACGGUCAGCGAGGGUGCCCACCGCAAGGAGUCCGAGAAGGUCGAGGCUGCAGUUCUCAACUCUGGUGACCAAAGGAUUGCGACGGACCUUGUGGGAGCAGCAAGACCUGCAGUGUCGUCAUCAGGUGCUGAAAGAAAAGGACGGCCACCUGUAUUAAAAGAUUACAUCGACGACGAGGAGAGCAUGGAGGAAGUCAGCUAGGGGAACCAAAUUCUCAUUUUUCUUGAGACAGCUAUUAAAAUUGACCGUGGAAGUUUCA